GGCUCUCUCGUUCUCCCUCAUUAUUUGAGUGACUGCAGGUACCGGGUGACUAGUGUCUCUGAGUCUGGCUCUGAGCGCGCGCGCGUGUGGUGGCGAGGGCGUGUGUGUGUGUGUGUGGGUCUAUGUCGCGUGUGUGUGUGGGGAGUGCACCGGAGAGAUAAAUAGAGAGAGAGCGAAAAGGCGAGGAGCGACGUUUCAUCUCCCCCCUCUGGCCUCCCCGUCUCCCUGCUCCCUGUCACUCCGUCCCUCCUCCUCCUCCUCCUCCUCUUCCUCCCUCCCGGACCACCCGUCUCCUGCUCGGAUCUCGACCCGGACACCUCCACCCACCUCCACCCUUUGACUCUCCUCUCUCUUCACCAUCCCGCCUCAGCAGCUGAACAGGAUUUAGCCUUGGAUGAAGUUGAAGUUGGAGUCUCUCUGAUCCAGCAGAACUCAACAUUCCUUACACUGUUUACGUCGGACAAAAGGGAAACUCUAAUGAACACAUUUCACUAACGAAAGCAGUGUGUCAAGCAUCUGGUGGAGCUGUUCGGACAGACGGAAUCCUCCCAGUCUUCUGGAAGUGUGACAGCAUUUGGUCACAUGACCUGGAAGAGUAAACCCAAGACUUUUUUGGGAUCCCUCUUUGAAUGGGCCGAUUAUCAACCUGGAAACGCGUGCAAAGGCUGAUGAACUGAUCAACCCCGGCAGACAGCUGCUCUCCUCCGCUCUUCUCCUCUUCCUCCUCCUCCUCCACCACCACCACCACCACCUCCUCCUCCUCCUCCACCCUCUCACUCCGUCCGGCUAUCCAGUGUCUUCAUUGAUGCCCUGAGAUCCGCAACCCUGUUUCACUCAGGUUGGCUGCCAUACCAUCACUCUCUUCCUUUUCCCGGGGACUUCCUGUCACGUGACCACGCUCCCGCCUCGCCUCCACUCCCCAGCAUGGAACCCAACAAAGUUCAGUCCGAGGGAGGCCUGAAUGUGACCCUGACCAUCCGCCUCCUCAUGCACGGCAAGGAGGUUGGAAGCAUCAUAGGGAAGAAAGGGGAAACGGUAAAGAAAAUGCGUGAAGAGAGUGGAGCUCGCAUCAACAUCUCGGAGGGAAACUGCCCCGAAAGAAUUGUCACCAUCACAGGCCCCACAGACGCCAUCUUCAAGGCCUUCGCAAUGAUUGCCUACAAGUUUGAAGAGGUGUUUUUCCAGGACAUCGUCAAUGCCAUGAGCAACAGCCCAGCCACCAGCAAGCCCCCAGUCACUCUGCGGCUGGUGGUGCCAGCCAGCCAGUGCGGCUCCCUCAUCGGGAAAGGAGGAUCAAAGAUCAAAGAGAUGAGAGAGUCCACAGGGGCGCAAGUGCAGGUGGCGGGGGACAUGCUGCCCAACUCCACAGAGCGCGCUGUGACAAUCUCCGGGACUCCCGAAGCCAUCAUCCAAUGCGUCAAGCAGAUAUGUGUCGUCAUGCUGGAGUCCCCACCGAAAGGUGCCACCAUCCCCUACCGCCCAAAGCCCGCCUCCACCCCCGUCAUUUUUUCAGGUGGCCAGGUAAGAGCCGACCCGCUGGCGGCGUCCGCAGCCAACCUCAGCCUUUUACUGCAGCACCAGCCACUGCCUGCCUACACAAUUCAGGGACAAUAUGCCAUUCCUCACCCCGACCAGCUGACCAAGCUUCACCAGUUGGCUAUGCAGCAAACCCCCUUUACCCCCCUUGGACAGACCACCCCUGCUUUCCCUGGUCUGGAUGCCAGUCCCCCGGCCAGUACUCAUGAACUCUCCAUUCCCAAUGAUCUAAUAGGCUGCAUAAUCGGGCGCCAGGGAACCAAAAUCAACGAGAUCCGUCAGAUGUCUGGAGCGCAGAUCAAAAUCGCUAAUGCUAUGGAAGGGUCAUCCGAGCGCCAGAUCACCAUCACUGGAACCCCCGCCAACAUCAGCCUCGCCCAGUACCUCAUUAAUGCAAGGUUCAGAGACGUGGCAGCCAUGUGGAAUGACCCAUCCGCCAUGACUACAUCCUGAAGCCCCAAACUGGUGUCAUUGUCAGAAGCAAACAGCAGCUGCCCCCCUCUCUUCCUAUCCCAAAACACCCUCCCCAGUUACCUAUUGUGCAUCCCACCCUUUUAGAGUUCAUUAGACCCCCCCCCCCCCCCCCCUCACUUUACAAUAUACCUUCAGCAGUAGCGUUGCUUGUAUGAGUAGGCUAUUGCUAAAGAUGAAGACAAAUAAUUGUGGUUUGAUUUUGUUCAUGUUAAAAUGUAGUGAUCAAGUAUAGUGUUUCAGCAUGUUGAAUGCUUAGAAUCAAUCAAGCUGUAUUAUUUCAUUUUUGUCUUUUUCUUUGUUUUCUUUUUACUGCUAGCUUAGUUGAAUAUGGUUGCUGAAUAAGUCUUGUAGUUUCUUGUCAGGAAAGCAUUAAAAAUGUACAAAAAAUGUAAAACGUUUAAAAAAAAAAACACAAAAACUGUAAUUGCUUUUUGACUGCUAAUAAGCAAUGCUGUUGGUAGGGCAACUAGAGUGAUGUGAUGCACCCAUGUAAGGAGAAUGCUGUGACUGCAGACAUGGGUUUCAGAGAACCAAAACAGGUUGGAAAUCAGUUCCAAUCAGAGCCUAGGAAUUAGCCAUUAACACCAUUCAUUUCUUUAUGGAUGAUAAAUAUGUUUGUUUUCUUGAGUUUAAAAGAGGAAGUAAAAAAAAGAACGUUUUUUUAAAGACAUUUGUAGCUGGCAAGGGAGUCGAUUGUUUUAUGCCUGAAUGCAUCUGAUAAUCCAAAUGCAUGACCGAUUUACAGACACGCUAAACACGUAGAGCCAUUAAAAGGUGAACGGCCGCUUCAGAACUUUUAGUGUUUGGCGAAACGUGUCAAGUGCUUUCAGAAUUGUUUUAUUUUUCUCUAUUUUUCUAUCUCUUCCCCCCCUCUCCCCCUGCCUCCCCCUCCCCCCUGACUGUUCUAGGCUGACGUCUGAGGUCACUGGAAUGGGCACACUCUAAUUUCUACCCAUCAUCCUUCACUGCAUCACAUGACCCUUGAGCCAAUGGCAUUGCACCUAGUUUGUUUAUCUCUCUCUCUCUCUCUCUGUACUCAGCUAUCCUGCAUUUUAAGUAACUAAGCUCAUUUUAAUUCUACAAUGUGCACAUAUUUAAAAGUCCCAGUUUUAAUGUUGUUCCUCCCACACCCGUUAUCUUGAUGCUCCGUAUUGGCCCUCAACCUCUUUUGAUUUCAAAGGACACUUAACUUUUUUGUCACUCUAGUACCUGACAUGCCACUCCAUUUAUAUGUAAAUCCAUUCAUUUCAUAUUCUUGUGAAACACUUUACUCUAUGCUUGCCACUAAAUGUAUCUCAUUUAGCAUACUGUACAAUAUUCACAACAGCAUAAAGAAUAGAAAACACAUACGCACACAAAUAAGUAAACCAAAUUAUUAUUUCAAGGAGAAAAGCCAAUCUAUGUGGGCUUCUUAGUGAACCACAGUCAAAUAACUUUACUCACCAUGAUAAAGUUAUGAGAGUCCAUCUUAAAGACAGGAAACAGAUGGAAUGCUUGCAUCUCCGUCAAGCUGUGCAUUUGUGUGUGUGUCUGUUCAGGUGGCACUUGGGAGCAACACUCCAGAUGCAUUAUCACUCUCUCCUGUAUUCGUUUGAUAAUCUGGUCACGCCACUGAUAAUGCACAAGCAGCCCAAUGAAUAAACAUCAGGUACACUGGGCUGAGGUGACUCAGGCUCGCCAUCAGGUCUAUUUGGAGAUCUUUUCUUAAGUGGACUCUCUUGCGCAUUCCUAAGCUGAGUGUUGUUCUUGGCUUCAGAUAGGAAUAUCUCUACCAGUGAUCAAGAUGACCAGCUGUCAUUGGUUGAAAGUGAAUACAGAGCACUGUGACGAUAAUGGAAUCUUCCUAUCCCAUCCCACCUUCCUGAUCCCAUUCACGCUCACCCUUGGUCUGUUUGUCUGUCCGCACAUACGCCGACAUCUUGCACGUCUCUUCUGUCGAGGAUCUUCAAACUGCUCCUCCAACUCUCUCUCUCUCUCUCUCUCUCUCUCUCUCUCUAUCUAUCUUCAAAACUCCUCUUCUUAUCACUAAUGCUCUGACAGAAGCUAUAUAGCAAGAGCCUGCAUGCUGAUGCCAUACAGGACUGGUCUCCACUGACAGCUUUUUGAACAUGCACGUUCAGCACAGCCUAAUCAUCUGCCAGACAGCAUGUCCCUUAUACAAAAAUGGCAAUAUAACCAUGUUCUUUCGCUUGAGGACCAAAUCAUCAACCACACCACUUAGCGUGGAAGAUGUCAGACAUAUUAAUGAACAUGUGUAUCUUUUUUGUUUUGUUGUUGUUUUGUUUGGAUUGAACCAAGUGGUUUAGGCCAUGGAAUGUUCAUGAGUUCGGGCUGGAAUCCGAGUGGCUCUGGGGAGGGGAGGUCUGCCACCCUAGCCUGCUCACUCCUGUAAACGUUGAUUGUUUAUUUUCCAUUUGCAUCCAAUCUAGCGACAGACCAGUGUGUCUUUGUUUCUGAUAAAGAUCACACAAGCGCACUGUGUUGCCUCAUGUGAUCAAGUCCAAACACCUGGUUGAUAUGCGAUUAUUUUUGAAGCUCUGACCACGGUAUGAUUAUGAUCACAAGAUCUCCAAACACAUUUGACGAGAAACUGUUCCGGUUAUAGAUAUAAGCUAUGCACACACCAUCACAAUGAAAAAGUCCAAGCACAUGCACGUUUUUUAGUCAAAUCAGAAGAAAAUUGGCUCUAAUGUGUUCGUGAAAUUUGUGUCUGUCACUUACUUCAGUCUUUCAUUUCUCAGUGUACCUACCAGUCCCAACACAUCUAGGCUUAUGUGUGACUUCAUGACGUUAUUCUGUUUUAUUGUUUUCAUUUUCCAACAAUAUGAGCUAUGAGAUCACUUUUAUGAAGUCUGACAAUCUUACUCCAACACAGUUUUCAAGGACGUUGUGCUUCCUAAUCCUACUUGUAAGGGAGUGUUUUUAGAUGUUCCUCUGCUUUAUUUCUGAUCAGAUGCAAGGUCUCGGUUUUGGUACAGAAAAUGAAAGUUGAAUGUAACUCUUUCAACACUAAUAACGUCGUUCUGACUUUCUUCGACUGGGUUUACUCUUCUUUUUUGGAAUGAUCUCUAUUUGCAGUCGGUGUCUUUGGUCAUUAGGUAUUCCUGAUACUCUUGUUGGGGUGUUGUAAGAAACACUGUUUUCACACUAAUACAGAGAGUUAUGUUGUGUAAUUAUAUUCCAGCUGCUGCUUGAAGCAUUGAAACUGCAACUGUUCUAUAACUACACACUAUUUGUCUUUUUCCUUGGAAGAGUAUCCGAGGCAUUCUGUCUAGCAUCUCUGUGCUGAGUUACGUAACUGAAUGCAGUGAGUUUUAGCUCAUACUGUAGCAUAUGGAAAUCUCCGCACAACAUUUUUGGCUGAAUAUGGUCCUAUUGACUUGACAUGAAAACAAAUGUUGUCGUGAAAAUCAACAAGAACAUGACUGGACCUGUUGGGGUUUUCCCAUUGGUUUUUUUGCACUGAUUUGAAGCCGAAUUGUUUUGUCAGUGUCUUAGAAUUUUUCACUAUUGAGUUAGAUUGUAUGUUUAUACAGGACAUUGUCUUGUAGUUAUUUUGUGGAAUGUUCUAUUUGUUGUAAUACUACAGUAGGUCUGACAUACAGAAUUGUAGCUCUCUGUGGAAGUUUUGGCCUAUUUUUUACAGGCAUGCUUUGUAGCCCUAUCAUCUUAUUCAGAGGAGUAACAAUGGAGGCAGUUGAUCAUCUAUUAUUAUUAUUAUUAUUAUUAUUACUAUUAUAAUAAUUAUUAUUAGUAGCAGUAUUUAUUGCCUCCUUUGUUAGGGUGAGUGAUGCAUCUGGAUUAAACAGUGUAUUGCCAUACAGUGUAUUGCUAUUUAUGACUGCAAUAAGAUUUUUCAUCAUUUUCAAAUUCACUUGCUAUUAAAUGUCAGAGAACGUGGUAUAGAGGCAUAGUUCAGGCAUCUUUAUCUUCAUUUUUUGUUUUCAUUCAUCAUCCAUACAAACCAAGCUCAUGGCAUUACAAUAAAAAUGACCAACAAGGUAAUUUCUGCAUUCUCAUUGCAGAAACACAAACAAACAAAAACAAUCAAAUAAUUUCAAGCAUUCAGAUAAAUUAAGGUCUUAAUAUUAAGUCUUCUUUAUUGAAUUCAUUGUCAUUUUUUGUACUUGCACAUUUUAUUACUUGUACUAGAGCAGCAAAAAAACAAAGGGCCCUUUCCCUCUCUCUGUGCUUCUGUACAUUCUGCUAUUUGAAAAUGUAAUAAAGAGUUAUUAUUUUAUGUUGGAUAUCUCGCUGCUUGCAGGUCUAUAUUAGAUUUAAAUUACUGAGAUUAGGUUAACUUUCAAAUGUUUUGUAAAAAAGGAAAUAAUAAACUUGUUUUCUUUUCUCCCUUGAUGUCAUUCUGAUUGAUUGUGCACUGACUGAUUGAACAGAUUAUUUUGUUUUAUGAUGCGCUUUAAUAAAUCUGACCUGUGUAAAUAAA